AAAAAUAUAAGCUUUACGUAUGCGACGAAUUUUAUGAGGUUAAAAUCAAAUAUUUACAUGAGUUUCUUCUCGAGGAGAAUAUGUAAAAGUAUAUUAAAUCACAUAUACAUAUCAAGAUGAAUCCUACGUUCCGCAUGGUUCGAGCUUGCAUAUAUUCUGCAAGAUAUGUCAAGUACAGUACUUUACCUUCGGAAGCAGUAAUAUUUACGGAAGAUGAUAGAAUGGUUGUCUGUUGGCAUCCAGAGAAACAAUUUCCAUAUGAAUGUUCCUUACCCCUGCCUAAAGAGCAGCCAGAUAAUUCUGUAUUAUGUAUCGGAGAAAAAGACAUUGCAGAUGUUUUUAGGAAAAAGAAGCAAAAUGAGAUUGUGCAUGAAUUAGCAAAGAUUACAUACACUACCAAACAUAGAUGGUAUCCUAGAAGCAGAGACAAAAAAGCGAAACAGACCGAACCUGACAGACCAUACUUGUAAUCUUUUAAAGGAAAUUGCAAAAAUUUCUUGGCUGAAAGAAAAGUACUUUUUCCUUAAAUUUGCUUUAUACAUGUAGUUAUUUUUUAGGAAAUAUAUAAAUAAAUGCUGUAAAAAGAUAA